AUUCUGUAGACUCACAUCUACAAAAUGUCCCUUAUUUGGUGUAUUGCCGCCGACCGCUCCAUAAAGUGUUUUUUGCAAGUGGACAUUCACUUUGGGUUGCAAGUUGCUUGAAUGUACAUGUUGUCCUGUAAAACAUGAAUUGAUAGUAAUAUGAUCUUCGAUACGGAAGAAAAUGACACUGAGAUUCGCCAGCAGCGCCAAUGUUGCUUCGAAAUUUUCAGUAGGGAGUUGAAGUUAGGAUCGGAGGAUCGCCAUAGUCAAAGGGUUGGAGGAUCACAGGAGAAGGAGAGUGGCGCCGCUGCAGGAAUCGGGCAUGACGGUUAUGGCGGCCUCUUUAUUUCUGUGGCAGGGUUCUCCGAGGCGCUGCAGAGCGGGUUAGGACCUGAAGCCUAUCAAUCUAUGACUAAAUUAUAUAACGAUGUUUUUGUCAACUAUGCAAAACUAGGCGUUCAUCUUCCUGAUGACGAAAAUGCUGUGGGAUACUUGGCCGUUGCUCUUCCUGCUGCGUUGCUGUACUUAACAGCAACUCCUGGCCCAAUCGCAGGUCUUCUAGAUUUUGUGCGAGAUCGUGCUGAUGUGAAUCGUUCUCUUACUUUUCGUGCGCAUGAAGUUAAAAUUGGACGUCUGAUGGGUGAGGGGUCAUUUGGAAUCGCCUAUGAGGGCUUCAUACACAAAGGAGGGAAGAGACCAGGGAAGCAGCCACUGCACGUGGUAUUGAAAAAGAAUAAGGCUAGGGUAGCGGGUGCAAAUCAAAUGCUCAACGCGGAGAUACACAUGAAUCAACGUCUGCAGAGAACAUCACCGGAAGCUAUCGCCGAUUUUCUGGGCACCGUGAAUGUUUCUAGCUCUCAAGCUCGGGGCAAGCUGACGGAGGGAGUUUGGUUAGUUUGGAAAUAUCAAGGGCAUUGGUCGCUGGACCACUACAUGAAGCAGAAGAACUUUCCAGAGAACAUUGCCGAAGCCGUUCUUGGUCAAAAGGUGAAGAACACUGCUUCUAGAGCAGCUCUGAACAAGCAGAAUGCUCUUGUUGUUCGGAAAAUUAUGCAGCAAAUUCUCACUAACCUGCGUGACUUGCAUCGAUCAGGAGUUGUUCAUCGGGACUUGAAACCUCUAAAUCUGGUCCUAUCUGAAGAUUCUGGCUUCUUCAAGCUUAUUGAUCUGGGUGCUUGCGUUGAUAUCAGAUCAGGAUUCAAUUAUGAUCCAUUUGAGACUGUCAUUGACCCAACAUACGCCGCUCCCGAGCAUUAUGUGAUGCCUACUUCCACUCCUACUUUGCCUCCAGACCCCUUGUGUUCUAUGAUCUCUCCCCUUGUCUGGUUCCUCAACACUCCAGACCGAUUUGACCUCUAUUCUGCUGGUCUUAUUCUGAUGCAGCUAUGUGUAAAGCAGCUACGCCAGGAUGUGGGAUUGGUAAUAUAUCUUAAAACUUUCAGUACUCAAUUUAAGCGGGACGGCUACGACUUGGAUGUGUGGAGAAAAAGAUGCAGUAUUAGUAGCGAGGAAUUUGCGGUACUAGACGCUGAUGACGGUGCUGGGUGGGAGCUCGCAAAGGCUAUGCUUCAACCUAGGCAUGACAAGGCGUUCUUCAUCUGGCCAAGUCUUCGCAGCAGUCGUCCUUCAGCUGCAGCUGCUUUGCGUCAUCGCUUCAUCCGUGGCACCUUUUUACCACGGCGAAUUAAUAUAGCCAGUCUUGCACCUGACAUCACUUUACUUCCAUCUCUUCCUUCUCUGCCAUCUUUGAGUCAGUUGCUACGUCCUGUCUUCUCUGGAGAAUCAGCGAAGGAAGCAGCAGUUAAGCAACUCACAAAUUUGCGAGAAGCAUCAGGGAAUAUCAACCCGAAGCGUGUAAUAAUUGCUCUUGGAGCAGCCCUGCCUACAGCUGCCACAAGUGCUUUCGUUUUAACAAUAGGCUGGGUGACCCUGGCAACGCUGAAAAGCUCAACGCAUAUUUCUUAUGAAUUGGGUCGAUCUGUGGCCAAUAGCGUGGGUCUAAGUGGAUCGGCGUGUUUAGUUUUCUUCCUCUUUAUCAAGCCACGAUUGAAAGAGCAUGAACUUGCAAGCAGAAGAGAAAUGGAUAUGCAAUCUAGAUUAGAAGCAGAGGAAUCAACACUGAUUAAUGUUGUCCGCCCUGAUCCUCCAGUGUACAAUCAGACGAAGCUGCCUUCCACGGGCCAACAGCAUGGUCCAUUACGUUUCAAGACCGGGCUUUCAGAAGCUGUGUUAGCCAUGGAGGCUAGCCUAGCCUCGUUGGAGUCUUCUAUACAGCGAGAACAAGAGUUCUCUGCAGAACAGCAAGAGAGACUGGCUAGGAUGAAAAAGUUGCUUAUUACACCAUCUGGAAUUUCCCUUGCAUCUCCAAGUGAAGCAGCUGAUGUGCCAUUGUCCACCAAUGGUGCCAAUGUAGGAAAACCUUUUUCUGAGUACAUUAGUUGAAGACUUUUGCAUAACGAGUCGGUGCAUGGCGUCAGCAACAAAACCAAAUUGGCAUCCAAAUCACACUGGGAAUAUUGUGAACGCCCAAACGAGUGUGUUCAGCGGACGAGCCAUAUGGUAACGUCAACAAAUCAAUUGAUCCACGUUCCUCAAUGUACAAUGCUGCAAAUCAUAAUCAUCUUGAUGUAUUACUGGGUGCCAUUUGGCAUGAUCUGUGCGGUGUCUUGAACAAGCCCAGAGUAAGAGGUUGUCUUAGUUCUGGAGUUACAGCGUAUCGCAAAAACCAGUGUACUGCUUCAAAUCAGAGGGAGCAAAUUUUAUAUCAUUUGUUUGUUGUUUGGAGUUUCCUAGCACAUAUGCUGAAGCUGAAUAUAGGAUCACUAAAUUGCCUCCAUUUACCAUACUAAUAUGGAUGUAAUUCAAAAUUUGAGUAAACUGGCUUGUUUACAGUAAAUUGAAUUAUAAUGCUACUUGUAGUGA